AUGCCUAUUGCCGCCACGCGCCGCAUGCGCGCGCGCCGCGGCCAGGCCUCCCGCCUGGAGGAGCUGCAGGCGCGCAUUGGUGUGCCGUACGACCCGGAAAAUCCCCUGCACCAGGAAGGAUUGCGGGAGCUUUGGGACCUUUCGUUCCCAGGCACGCCCUGCCCCGGACUCAAGGACGAGCAGUGGAAGGAGAUGGGCUGGCAGAACGCCGACCCAACCUCGGACUUCCGCGCCGCGGGGCUCCUCGGGCUGGACAACCUCUGCCACCUCGGACGGGCGCAGCCGGCCCUGUUCGCCGCCCUGCGCGGCAAGACGCGCGGCGCGCGCAGCAGCUGGGAGUACCCCUUCGGCGCGGCCGGCGUCAACAUAACGUGGUUGCUCGUAGAGCUGCUGCAGCUGCAGCAGGGCGGCGGCCCGGGCGGCGGCGACGGCGGCGACAGCGGCGGCGGCGCAGUCGCGGCGACGGCGGCGGGGCGGGGGUUCCUGGGGCUGCUGGGCGCGGACGGCGCGGCGUUCGAGGAGGUGUACUGCGCAACGUUUGACCUGCUUGACCGCGUCUGGCUGGAGCGGCGCGCGACCUACAUGGAGUUCAACUCUGUGCUGAAGGACGUGCGGGAGCGCGUGCGGCGGGGGCUCGCGUCGGGGCCCAGGGACGCGGCUGCGCUGAGGGGCGCGCUCGGGCUGCCGGCGCUCGGCGCGCGGUGA